CACACACACACACACACACAGCAGGGGGGCUGCAGCCACGGGCAGUCCCCACUGGUGUCCUCCCAUGUGGUGACACUCCACUGCUGCCCCUCAACACCCUCCUCGGGAGCCUGAAGGAAAGAAUUGGGUUUUAGUGGAAAAAUAGGGAGAAGACUGUGCUCUGCAGGCACGCUCUGAGAUGGACAAGUACCUUUCCAGCGAGGUGCCCCCCAUCCCGAUGCUCCCGGACAAGAAGUACCGUCGGGAGAGCGCCUCGGUAGUGGACGAGUUCUUCUCCACGGAGAAGCCCAACUCCACCCCCUACAGCGUCAACAUCAACGUGAUCCUGCCGGACACGACCCACCUGCGCACGGGGCUGUACCGGCCCCCCAAACCCAUGGCCCCCUUCCCACAGAUCAAAACCGAGCCCGGCACCGGCUUCGCCCAGCCCUGCUCGUCCGCGCCCGGCCCCACGCAGACCCUGCCCGACUUCACCAGCGUGUUCAGCAUGCCCCAGUCGGUGGCGGUCAACAACAUCUUCAUCAAGCAGGAGAUGCCCUCGGAGGUCCCCUUGUCUGCUGCCCCCCAGCCGUCCCAGCUCUACCAGCUGCCCCUGGGCGGCGGCGGCGGCGGCGGCGACGUCCCCACCCUGACGUCCUCCGGCGGCACCACCACGGCCGUCAGCUGCCUCGGCGGGGUCACCAUGGCCACGGGCAGCACCAUGGCCAGCGUGGGCCACCGGCCCGUCCCGCCGGCGGGGCCGCUGAAGCAGUACCCACACGUGUCCCAGGGACAGGGCAGCUUCAACAUCUCCGGGCAGUUCUACCCUGCCCCGGGGGUGACCCUGCCCCCCUCGCCCCCCAACUCGCAGCCGGGCAGCCCAGAGAACCAGCCCGAGCUCAUCAACACCAUCUCCCCCCCGCCGUCCUACGAGGCCACUUUUGGACUGAAGCUGGUCCAGUCGUCCCAGGUGCCCCCGGUCCCCAAUGGCGUUGGGACCCUCUCCCAGGGGCACAUUGUCAUGCAGCCCCCCAAGUACAACCGACGCAACAACCCUGAGCUGGAGAAGAGGAGGAUCCACCACUGUGACUACCCAGGUUGCUCCAAAGUUUAUACCAAGAGCUCCCACCUGAAGGCACAUCAGAGGACUCACACAGGUGAGAAGCCCUACAAGUGCACCUGGGAGGGCUGUGACUGGCGCUUCGCCCGCUCCGACGAGCUCACCCGGCACUAUCGGAAGCACACGGGGGCCAAGCCCUUCAAGUGCCUCGCCUGCGGCCGCUGCUUCUCCCGCUCCGACCACCUGGCCCUGCACAUGAAGAGGCACCAGAACUAGGAGUUGCCUCCUUCCCACACUUCUCCAAGAGCAGCUGGAACUCUUUCCUCCUCUGAGGGGCCUCCCCUCGUGCUGUACAUAGGAACAAACCCACGCUGUGAUCAACCGGCAGGGCAGGGGUGGCGGGUGAACCCCCUGCCAGGCCCGUCCCCGACUCUUUCUGGUUUUAAAAGAAAUUAAAACCCCAACCGGCUCGUUUACAAUGAGUUCUAAUUACAGACUGAUCUCCUGACGAGGCUCUCGGUGCCACUGGGCUGACGGACCUUGGAUUCCAAAGGGCUUUCUUCCGGCAAACCUGCUAUUUAUUUGUCACUCAGGAGCAACUGUCCUUUGUGCCUCAAGUUCUUUGGGAUGGUUUUGUACCCCUUCCAGGGUGGUGCCUUUGGUGAGGCCCAGGAGGGAUGUGACGGGUCGGCAGCUUGGACCCUCCUGGACUGCCCCAUGGCAUGGCCAUGGAUGUGACACCUUCUCCCAUGGUGUGACCGUGGAUGUGACACCUCACCCCGUGGUGUGACCAUGGAUGUGGCACCUUGUCCCGUGAAGUGACCGUGGAUGGGACACCUUAUCCCAUGGUGUGACACCUCGUCUCAUGGUGUGACCAUGGAUGUGGCACCUUUUCCCAUGAAGUGACCAUGGUGUGACACCUUGCCCCUUGGCACGGCCAUGGAUGUGACGCUUUGCCCCAUGGUGUGACCAUGAAGUUGGCACCUCUGCCCUGUGAGAACAGGAGCACGUGCCCAGGGCUGUUUGGGUUGACAAUCCCAGUCUCUGUGGGGGCAUAAGAGGAGAAGAUCUAUGACAUACUCACCUGACGUGCCUUCAAGCAAGGGACAGCACAAAAGCAGGUGACAGAAGCCCCACCUGUGUCCUGUUGAGCCCAGCUGUGGUUUCCUGGCAGCAGCUCAGCUCAGCAAAUACCUGCCCUGCUUGGCGAGGUUUUUCGGUUGUGUCCUUAGCAUUUCUGCUUCCAAGACGAAUUUUGACUUCAGGUGUCUCUGGGAGGACCGGCAUGGGUUUGAAGCCACUCAAAAAGCCACUGAUGAAGGUCUGGUUUCCCAGAAGACACCGCUGGUGCCUUUCUCCAGAAGAAGCACACAAGGACUCUGUGAUCGCCGAUCACACCAGGCCUGUGCUGUUGCCAUUUCAUCACCUUCAGAUGGGGGGAAAAAAAAAAUAGAAAAAAAGCAUCUUUGAAACAAAUUCCAAUAAAUCCUCCUGUUCAGAUUGUAAUCACAUUUACCUACCUCACAGGUUCACCACCUCGGGCUCCGUGAGCACCUUCCCCCCUUGCUGUGGGGUGCCACAACACAUGGGGCGCAUCACCCGCUCUCCAAAGCCUACCAGGGGUUAAAUUUGGGCAGGACAAGAGCCAGGCCCUGCCAGUUCCAACAGCAGCUGUGUGGGUCAUAAAUAAAUCAAGAACAAAUAAUGGGCCUGGUGUGUCCAACUGAAUAUUGAUUUUCCCCACACCCUCCUUCUCUUUUAUUUCUCCUCGAACAAGUUUCGGUCCCCCGUGGCCUGAUGUGUGUCUGCAGCGUGGGAUGAGAGGCCACACUGAACUGAGGCAUCUUUGAGUGGUGGGAAUGUGGAGGCCACUCCUCUCUGCUGGUGUCAAACUGCACAGGAGCCACAGCCUGUCCUUGGGGGUCCUGCUCGUGCUUUUCCUUGGAUAAAUAAGGCUGAGCAGCACCUGUGGCAGGAGAGGAGGGCAGGGAGGAUCUGGGGGGUCCGUGGUGUAGGCUUUGGGGUGGGUGAUGUGCCCAGCGCUGCCAUGAGCCCUUGGGGUGGCUCUUUGGCUCUCAGGCAGGGUGGGAAUGUCAGGCCAUGGAAUUGCUGGAGGUGGCUCAGGUGGCUUUUCCAAUGGUGCAUGGGAAGGGCUUUCCAGCUCUCAGCACCAGGGCUGGAGGAUCUGACAUCAGCAGCCUCUUGACACCGAGCUCAAGUGAAGGUUGGAGGGCCUGGCUCACACCCAGCUGACCACGUGGAUGGACCUCCAAGUGCUUUUUCCAAUCCUUUUUCCAACUCUUCCAUUGCUUGUCGUGGCAGCUCCAUGAGGACUGGCUGGCUGUGGGGCCAAGGGGCUCGUGGGCCACGUCCCUUGUUGGCUGUGGGCUCUGGCUCCUCUCCAGGGCACAGGGCAGGACCUUGUCAAUGCCACCACCGUGACCUGGGCUCCUUCUUGUGACCUGAGCUCACCCGGGAGGUUGGACCUGCGGUGCCAACCCCUCCCAGCUGAGGUAAAACCACAGGGGACAGUUUUACCUCUUGCCUUGUGCCUGGGAGGUGGAUCUGGAGAGCCCCAGGGAAGGUCUCUGAUGAUGGAAAAGCCCCUUGGAGAGCAGUGGUGGAGCGGCCCCGGACGAGCUCAUCCCAAAGGAAUUUCAGCGCAGUGUGGAGAUGCCUCGGCCAGUCCCCACCCGUGUCUCCAGGAGGCUCAGGGUGUCUCCAGGAGGCUCAGGCUGGCUCGGUGGGGCUGGUGGGGACCCCACAUGGCCAUGCUGGGACCUGCUGAGCUCCACCCCCUCCACUGGCACGGCUCAGCCCCUCCAUGGAUGGUCCCUGGCACGGGGUACCUGUGUCCCCACAUCCCCCGGGAGCUCCCAUGGCUGCAAUCCCAACCUCCACGCUCCAAGACGGCUUUUUGGUGCACCUUUUGUGGUUGAACCUCCUCAAGGCCUGAGCUAAAGCACAAGGCACGGGGUCCCCCCGCCGUUGGGGGGUCACCCCCACCCCUGGCCCUCUCAGAGGGGUCCCUUUGCCCCCCUCUGCUUUUUGGAGAAGGAAAGCUCCGCUGUGAUUCUGAGGGGGGCCCAAAACCAGUUGGCUAAAAACCACUCCAAAGCCAAACCAACCCACAGGCAGCUUGAAAUUUUAAAUAAUUUUCCUGAUAAUCUCUUUUUUUUUUUCACUAAAGAAAAACAAUGCACCUGC